UGAUAUAUAUCUGGCGAUUGUAGUGCUGUUGAAAAAAGUUUUGACAUAUACUUUAAAAGCGAUAAAAAGAAGCAAAAAGAAUAAGAAAUAUUAUCAAUAUAGUCUAAUCGUAUAAAAGUAUCAAAAGCAGAACGUGUGAAACUAUGAUGACAACGAUAAAAAAUUCUCCUUAUUCGGCAAUGAAUUGCAAUCAACAACAACAACCCGGCUGUCAAAAUUGAUAAAAGAAAUGCUUCAAAUAGAUAUUCAUAUACCGAUUUUGGUUAUCAAAAAUAGAUGAUUGAAGGAGAUCGUCUGAAGCUAAACAUUUAAAGUUAUCAAGAAAUGAUUGUUAAAGAAUCAUGAAGCUAUUUCCAGUGAUCUUUUUGUGGAUGUUGAUCAAACUGGUCACCUCAAGUGAUGUGUGUUAUGAAAAUUGCACUGAAUACAAACCUAAGUCCCCAUUGGUUCACUGCAAUUAUUUACCAAUGGAAUACCUGAACUGCAGUGAACCAGAGGAUCUAAAUGGAAAUGAGACAAAACGAGAAGAUUUAGAUGGGUAUGGUUGUACUAAGUGGGGUGGAGAAAGGUACGAGGAUGUACAGAAGACUAAAGUAUGGUGUGAGGUACUAGAGGGAAUCCAUUGUUUUGGAGAAAGAAAGUUUCUGAAAGACGGUUUUCCAUGUAUCAAAUAUAAUGGUCAUUAUUUUGUGUCUACAUUAAUCUAUUCAGUCCUUCUGGGUUUCUUAGGGAUGGACAGAUUCUGUCUGGGACAUACAGGUACAGCUGUAGGGAAGUUGAUCACAUUAGGUGGUGUAGGAAUAUGGUGGAUUGUAGAUGUAGUUUUACUGGUAACUGGUGUACUUAUCCCUGAAGAUGGCAGUAAUUGGGUACCAUACUAUUGACUCUCUGGACAGCAGAAGUUACCUCUGUUGGUAAAAUACGUGUUCAUGGAAUAAAUGAAAAACUUUUUUGCUGAAGACCAAAAUGGAAAUGGAAAAUAAUAAAUAUCAUUUUUCGGGAGUUUACGAUUUUCUUCAAGAUCUCUUUUAAUAUAUACUUGUACAAUGAUAGUUACUUCAACCAAAAGAAUGUUACUGUUCACUAAUCACAAAUCAGCUUACUGAUUUUGAAACGAUAUUUGUAUGUUUUGGUGCAUACAUGUACAUGUACUGGUAUACAAUACUUUUAUUUGUAUGUGUUUCAAACUUAAACAAAUUGAACUGAAUUGUAAAGAUAUAUUAGAAAUGCUUUAUUUACUCACCUUUAAGUCUGAUUGCUCAUGAGGCAGGUAUCCAAAUUUUGCCUUUUAAUUUGGUUUGAUUUGGUUAUAAGAUGGGUGCAUAUAGGAAAAAAAUAUGGAGGGGAAUUUGAAUAGCUGUAAAGUAAUUUAUAAUGGUACUGAUUUGAAUGGACAAAAAUUGUUUGCCCUGGAAUGGGCUAUGAUGUGAAUCAUGUGAUUGUAAGAUAUAUGAAUUAUAUGAUUUUAGGAGAUGAGAAACAUGUGAUAGUAAAAGAUAUAAUUUAUGUGAUUGUAGGAGAUAUAAAUCAUGUGAUUGUAAACAAUGUGAAUCAUGUGAUUGUAGGAGAUAUUAAUCAUGUGAUUGAAGGAGAAUGAUGUGAUUGUAGGAGAUAUAAAUCAUGUGAUUGAAGGAGAAUGAUGUGAUUGUAGGAGAUAAGAAUCAUGUGAUUGUAGAUGUGAAUCAUGUGAUUUUAGGAAAUGUGAUUGUAGGAGGUGUAAAUCAUGAUUAAAGAAGAUGUAAAUCAUGUGCUUGUUGAUGUAAAUCAUGUGUUUGCUGGAGAUACAAUAUAUCAGGUAAAUCACAUGAUUGCAUGUGAUUUGAUUUAAUGUGAAUCAAGUGAU